AUGGCCCAAACUAAUGGUGUCAACGGUCAUGGUCCCCCGGGACCUGACCAGGGGGCAAGCCCCAUUCCCUCCUUUGUCGGAGAGCCCUACGGCGGCGACGCCGCGAUCGAGACCCUUCGGGGUGACGGAGGAGUGUUGGAGCUCCUGUGGAUGGUCGAGCAGGAGCUCGGCGCUCUUCGUGAGGUCCUGCUCACCUCAGAUGCCUCUGAUGCAGCGCAGGCGGAGGCUGAGCGAAUCCGUGCCAACAUUCGAUACUUUCUCAGGAGAGUCUCGACUCUCCUUCGGGACCUGGAUAGCCAGCUCUGA